UUGGGUUCAAAUUACUUGACCCAGUUAAGGGACAAAAUAUAUUGCUCAUCUGACCUAGUUGUCAAUGAGGAUUACAAAUUUGACCCAGACGCCCCAAUUUCAACCACAACAAAAGAUAUUUACAAGUCUGGCUUCCUGUUCAUUGAAGGAACUUUUUACAAUGACUUUAGGCAUGAAGGGUCUAUUGACUAUUCAUUGAGUAUGAAAGAGUGGGCAGAGGAGAGACCAGAGAUUGUGGGCCCAUUCAAGUACGAAAGUAUGGAUGGAGUCAAGUUCCUUGAUUUAACCAUAAGGAUCGGCCAACCUUACCUAUACAUGCACCAGGGAAAUUGUGAACACCUAAUUAUUUUCACUGAUCUUAGG